AGCGACGUGCUCUGGUAUAAAUGAAGCCAAAUUCGUUCCCAACCGUUUAGUCCGAAAUAUUUCAUUAAAGCCAACGCACGGCGACGAUCGCGUGUUCUGUUCCGAUCGAGCAUUUUAAGCGACCUACAGAAAUAACUAACAGAUUCGAAUCUGGUUGUCGGUGUACAUCAACGUUUUAAAAACUUUGAACCCUUAAUAAACAAAAGUAUCGAGAAAAUUCUACAAACUUUAAGUGCGUGAAAAAAAUUGAAAAUAAAAAUGAAGCUUUUGCUUGGUGUAUUGGUGACCGUGUUGGCCCUCAGCGGAGUCUUUACGUUGCCAGCUCGCAACGACCCGCAGGAUGAUGCGGAGGUGAUUAAAGUGCCCUCGCGCCCUCAGCCCGAACCGGAUUUCCAUAACUUCCGCGGCGUCAUUGAUACGGGAUCGGGUUAUCCCUUCCUCCAGUCGAAUCCUUCAGGCUUCAACCUGGGCGUCUUCGACUCCUUCGAUGAUCUUCUCCGACGCCUGCGCACCCGAAUUUGGCCUGUGAUUGGCAGCGAUUCUGGAGAGGAUGGAGCUUCCCCGACUGACGAUUCCAGCGAUGACAGUGGUAGUGGCUUUUCGUUUGGUCUGCGACCCUUGAUUCCGGUGAAUCCCAAGAAUGGCAACUCCACUUCCACUGUUAAGGUCGUCGACGGCCACAAGGUGGAGAUCAACGAAACGGUGUACGGGGACAGCAACAGCGUGUUCAAAGUUCGUUUGGUUAACGUGCGUCCUUUGGAAAGCGGCGAGGAGGUGGCCCAGGGUGUGCACACCAGCGGGGGCGAUUUCCAGCCGGCGGUGGCCCCGAGCACCUCAGCCCCGUCCACCAAGGUCGGCGAGUUCGACGACGAGGACGAGGACGAUCGCCGCGAGCCGCUGGAGAAGCAGCCAGAGGACAACGAGGUUCGCGACAUUGAUGAGCCCAAGUAUACAACACCCACAACAACAAGUCAUACAACAAAACUUGCCACCAGCUCACCCGCAGACUCAGAAUCCGAGGCUUCAGAUAUCAGUGAAGACAUAGUGGAGACUCUUUCGGAACAUCAAAAAACAACCAUGGAAAAGCUGCAGGAAAUGAUGGCAUCCAUCCAGAAGGACAUGGAGCAUGAGGAACACUCGGAGCAGGAUCACGAGGACAAAGAAUCCUUGAAGAAGAAGGAGAAGAAGGAGCGCGAAGAACUCGAGUCCUCCGAUGAUGAAGAUGGCGAAGCCACAACCCCAGUCACAAUGAGUGAAACUUUUAACGAUGAGUGGGCUGAAUUCGACCAGGAUCAAGAUCAAGACCACGAUCACGAGUUGGACCUUGAAAACGACUUGAACAACGAGAUAGAUAUCGAGGAGAACUUUGUGCCCGUGGACCUCUCCAACGACAUAGCUGUCAAUGAUAUGGCUGCCGCAGAUCCCGAUUUUCCGCUCAAUCCCGAUGCAGAGAUCAUUGUGGACCCAUCUGUAAUAAGAACUAUGCCCAUGUUCGAAAAGCUUUCCUUAGGAGAGCCUUCUAAGUGAGAACUGUGUGACCCCAUCUAGUCUAGGCAUUUUCUUUAGUCUUAAGUCUUUAGUCUCUGAGAGAUCCAAAGAAAUCGGCAUUCUCUUCAACCGUAAUUUAUCGUAUUUAUUUCGACAAAGAAAGAGUAUUAGGUGUGCAUGAUUGCACUGAAAGUUAUUUAUUGCUAACGUAAAAAUUGAAAUAAAAUAAUAAAAUACGAUUCAGUUACCUUU